AUGGAAAAGGGAGUAGAAGGUUCAGCGUUGCAGGAGGGCCGUUGCGAAGAUCAGUAUCAACGUUGCAGAGGUGGAAACACAGAAACUGACCCUGAAAGACUAUUAGCAGAAUUUAGAAAAGGAACAAACCCCAUUAUUAAGGCAUCAUGGCCAAAUCUCAGUGAUUUGUCAACUGGAUAUUGUGAUCUCACUAAUGAGUUCUUUGUUCUUGCCUGGAUUGUUUUUAAGAAACUCAAGUAUGUUCAUAGCAGCUUGACCAAUGUUAAUGCUUGUAUGGAAAAGUAUUUGCAUUUGAGAGGUAAGGUUCCAGAUCUUGGUCCCCUUGCCAUAGGAGAGUAUUUUUCAUCUGCUGAAAAUAUACCAAAUGUAGUUGAAGAUUUGAUUCGGGUUACUUGUGAUAUUGAAAAUUUUAGCAUUCAUAUGUUAUCGUCCGGUCGAGAUGAAGAUCUUUAUAAGAACUUUGAAAGACUGUCCGAGGCUUCGUUAUGUCCCAAAGCAGUCAGGUUAGUGAAUAUGCGAUCCAUAUGCCAAGAUGAACCCAAAAGGGGAACCUUUUCCCUUUUUGGAAAACGAGCCAAGAAACUUCAACUCGACGGAGCUUUGUUGGGCGUGGUGGAUAUAAAAGACCUUAGCGAACUUCUUUUGGAUUUUCCUGCUGUUGAAGAGCUGACUCUUGAAUUCAGACAUGGACUGAGCUGCAGCAGUGAUGAACUCCCUGAGCACAUCGUCUUCCCUCAAGUGACGUCAUUGGUCAUAAAACCAUUAACUGAGGUAAAUGCUUAUAACCAGCUUUUCCAAAUACUUCCUCACAUACAAGAACUCGUAUUCCUUAGUCCUUGUGUAAAAAUUAGGAAGCCAGCCAUCAAUUUCAAACUCCUACCAGAACUGCGUGUUCUCAAAAUUGCUGACUGGGAUUUAGUGCACUUUUCUGAUCUCCUUGAUGUGCCCAGGGAUGUUCAGUGCAGAAAGCGAUUUGAACUUCAUGGGCCAAGUGAUACAUUAUCCUGUAAAGAUAUCAAAACCCUUCUGAAUUCAGGAUGGAAUUAUUUUCCAAAAUCUAGAUCUACCUUAGAGGUAGAAUCCCAGGCCAAAGCUUCCUUUCAAACUCAAGUAUGUUCAUGCAGCUUGACCAAUGUUAAUGCUUGUAUGGAAAAGUAUUUGCAUUUGAGAGAUAAGGUUCCAGAUCUUGGGCCCCUUGCCAUAGGAGAGUAUUUUUCAUCUGCUGAAAAUAUACCAAAUGUAGUUGAAGAUUUGAUUCGGGUUACUUGUGAUAUUGAAAAUUUUAGCAUUCAUAUGUUAUCGUCUGGUCGAGAUGAAGAUCUUUAUAAGAACUUUGAAAGACUGUCCGAGGCUUCGUUAUGUCCCAAGCAGUCAGCUUGGCUGGGCGCCGUGGAUAUAAAAGACCUUAGCGAACUUCUUUUGGAUUUUCCUGCUGUUGAAGAGCUGACUCUUGAAUUCAGACAUGGACUGAGCUGCAGCAGUGAAGAACUCCCUGAGCACAUCGUCUUCCCUCAAGUGACAUCAUUGGUCAUAAGACCAUCUGAGGUAAAUGCUUAUAACCAGCUUUUCCAAAUACUUCCUCACAUACAAGAACUCGUAUUCCUUAGUCCUAGUGUAAAAAUUAGGAAGCCAGCCAUCAAUUUCAAACUCCUACCAGAACUGCGUGUUCUCAAAAUUGCUGACUGGGAUUUAGUGCACUUUUCUGAUCUCCUUGAUGUGCCCAGGGAUGUUCAGUGCAGAAAGCGAUUUGAACUUCAUGGGCCAAGUGAUACAUUAUCCUGUAAAGAUAUCAAAACCCUUCUGAAUUCAGGAUGGAAUUAUUUUCCAAAAUCUAGAUCUACCUUAGAGGUAGAAUCCCAGGCUAAAGCUUCCUUUCGCUGAGCGACUUAUUGAAAUUAUUGUAUACGGACAUUGAAAUACUGUACCUAGCUAAGAGUGUACAAUGUACAAGAUAUGUUGUUGGAGUCACACUUUGUUUUAUAAUAUUUUAUCAAUAGUCUUCCUUAAAACAGAAGCUGACCGUUAGUACAAUGUGUCUUAUUCUAUUACAACUCCAAACUCUGUAUAUACUUGAAUGGUAGUUACCCAUAUUAUUGUUUUUAUUAAUCAUUCUUAGCCUUUGACAUGAAAUAAAUUCCACUCGAAAUAACUUCAUUGUGCUUAAAAUGCGGCUGUUAUUCAUGCAAUGAAACCUUACUUGGUUCUCAUUUUGUCAGGCAGUCCAAGUCCAGCAUAGUUUCCACCUUGCAAGAUUCGCUGCGAACUUGUAAUUCCUUCACUGCAUGUGCUAGAUGAUCGCCUUAACAGGAAUUCAGACAGUUUUUGAUCAUUACUCUUGGUAUCUCUGGUGCUUAGACAGAGCAAUAUAAGGCUGUCUCGUCCAGACUACCCACGGAUGGUUUUUUUCUCCUCCAUUCAAAUCGGUUCUCAAGUUUCUGUUGACUCGUAGCUCUUUUCCUCCUAUGUAUCAGCAAUCUUCGCCUACCGGCCUAUAUUGAAGGAAUUAUCUAUGAUCUAUUCAUCUAUAUAGUGACUUCUUCCUUUCCUUCUUAGUCAUUUUCUAUCAUUCAGAUGACCCAGUAACACUCCUUCCCAUCUUGAUUCAGUGGAAGUCAGCAAUUUUUAUAUGACUCAGAUCGGUACAGUUUUUGUCUUCACUGUGAAUCUCUGGAAUUGUUCCUUAGGCUCUGUUCUUUAGUUUACCAAUUUUCGAAAAGCAGGCCUCCACUUUUCUUGAUGAUGAUAAGUUCCUUUUUUUCCUUUUUUAUUUUUCCUGUCCGAUAGAUAUGGGCACAGUUGUUUGUCCCGCUAGUCCUGAGGUUAUAAGCAGUUAGAUUAUUUUCUGCAGUUUGUCAAAUUAUAUUGUCAGUAAAGCAAGGAUUAUUCUUAACGUGUCAUAUUUCUUGAGCUCUUUGUCAUACCAAUUACAAUAGAUAUUUCUCUCAGUUAAUUUCUUAUAUCAUUAUUAUUAUUUUUUUUUUUGUGGGGAAGGUAAUCAAUGUUAUUGUCUGUUAUAAGACUGUCAUUUGCUUCAUAAUAACCUUGAGUUCUUUGUCAUACCAAUUACAAUAGAUAUUUCUUCCAGUUAAUUUCUUACAUUAUUUAUUCACGUUUUAAUUCUUUUUCUUUUUUUGUGGGAGAGGGUAUUCAGUGUUAUUUUCAAUUAUAAGAAUGUUAUUUACUUCAUAAAAACCUUGAGCUCUUUGCCAUACCAAUUACAAUAGACAUUUCUCUCAGUUAAGUUCUUGCAUCAUUUAUUUAUUUUUUGUGGGAGAGGGCGUUCAAUGUUAUUUUCAGUUAUAAGAAUGUUAUUUACUUCAUAAAAACCUUGUCCUGUGACUAGUAAUAUAUUUCCCUCAGAGGCUAAAAUUGAAAACUCAAAAAUCUGCCUCGACGCUCAAGACCUCUUGUCUCGAGUCCGGAUAGUAUGAAAACGAACACUGAAACGGUUUACAACGCUUCCCUUUUCAAGAACUCUGAGCAAAUAGUGAUCAUUUAGCAUCUCGGAUUUUUAUAAACUAUCAUCUUAUUCUAAAUUUAGACAAGACAGCCAUGACUUUUAUUGUAAAAAGCCAACAUUAAACACUUCCAUUUCUCAUCACUGAUUUG